AUGCUCUCCCUGAUAGCUACCAGCAGACAGACCGCCGUGAACCUCACGACUCUGUCAGCGAUCACGUUUUCCGACGCCACGGCUACUACCCCAGCACUGGCGCCGUCCUCGGACUUCGAGACCUUUCCGGCCUUGGCGGCGUCUGCGGCCUUAGGCUCCUCCUUCGCCUCGCCCUCGCUCUUCGGCGCAGGACUUCCGGGCAACGCCUUCUUUGCGAUAGGCAGGCCCUUGCCCGCCAAGCCCUUCGCUCCCACGUCCUUCGCCAACGCCGCCUUCGGUGCCUCCCCGCUCUUCGCACCCUCUCCCGCCUUGGCGCCCUCUCCAGCCUUGGCGGCGUCUGCGGCCUUAGGCUCCUCCUUCGCCUCGCCCUCGCUCUUCGGCGCAGGACUUCCGGGCAACGCCUUCUUUGCGAUAGGCAAGCCCUUGCCCGCCAAGCCCUUCGCUCCCACGUCCUUCGCCAACGCCGCCUUCGGUGCCUCCCCGCUCUUCGCACCCUCUCCCGCCUUGGCGCCCUCUCCAGCCUUGGCGGCGUCUGCGGCCUUAGGCUCCUCCUUCGCCUCGCCCUCGCUCUUCGGCACAGGACUUCCGGGCAACGCCUUCUUUGCGAUAGGCAAGCCCUUGCCCGCCAAGCCCUUCGCUCCCACGUCCUUCGCCAACGCCGCCUUCGGUGCCUCCCCGCUCUUCGCACCCUCUCCCGCCUUGGCGCCCUCUCCAGCCUUGGCGGCGUCUGCGGCCUUAGGCUCCUCCUUCGCCUCGCCCUCGCUCUUCGGCGCAGGACUUCCGGGCAACGCCUUCUUUGCGAUAGGCAAGCCCUUGCCCGCCAAGCCCUUCGCUCCCACGUCCUUCGCCAACGCCGCCUUCGGUGCCUCCCCGCUCUUCGCGCCCUCUCCCGCCUUGGCGCCCUCUCCAGCCUUGGCGGUGUCUGCGGCCUUGGCGGCGUCUGCGGCCUUAGGCUCCUCCUUCGCCUCGCCCUCGCUCUUCGGCGCAGGACUUCCGGGCAACGCCUUCUUUGCGAUAGGCAAGCCCUUGCCCGCCAAGCCCUUCGCUCCCACGUCCUUCGCCAACGCCGCCUUCGGUGCCUCCCCGCUCUUCGCACCCUCUCCCGCCUUGGCGCCCUCUCCAGCCUUGGCGGCGUCUGCGGCCUUAGGCUCCUCCUUCGCCUCGCCCUAG